UGACCGCAGGAACUAAACUUUAGCUUGUAGCUGUAACUGUAGCACAACAGCUAAGUAAUCAGUAUCCAAAAUAAAGGCUGUCGGAAGCGCGUUAUCUUGUGAACUGCCGCUUUCGACGUUGAUAUGGAGCUGUAGCCACGAUUAAUAAACAGAGUGCUGAGGAAUGGUCUGACUGCUGCAGCAUCAGUAAAGAUGCACAGCCGUCUACAAGAGCUGAAGAAGGAAGAGGAGACUCUCCUCAAAAUCAAAGUGAUGCUACAAGACCAACUGAACAGGUUGAAGUUUGAAGAAGGGGCCUUGAAAUCUAUCAUUAAUGCUCAAACAGAAGAAGGAGCCUCUCAGCGCCUAUCCCCAGAAACUGAGGUUCAUAUUAAUCUUGAUGAUGAGAGCGAGAUCAAUCAAACCAAACUGCUACUGAAUGCUGCUGUAGACUAUGAUAUGGAGGAGGAGGAGGAGGAGGAAGAUGAUGAUGAUGAUGAUGAAGAGGAAGAUGAAGAUGAUGAUGAAGACGGUGACAAUGAGCUUGGAUUUGUGCCUGAGGAGGAUGAGGAGGAAGAUGAUUACUGAGAUUCUCAGUGUUUCAUGGGGCUUCUAAGUUUGCACCACUGAAGUAGAACCACAUGUAACUGGACAGCUGUUUAUCUGUUCACCUGUUUUGUACUAUCACGUAUGAAGUUUAAUUUAUUUGGAUGGAGUGAGUAACAGUAACAGUGUAAUGAUGUGUGGUGCUAACAGUAUCCUCUCCUUUGCCUGAUUUAAGGCCCGUCAUCAGGAUUUCAGACUAUGUUAGAAUUCAUGUGUUAAACUUUAUGAGAAAUGUCUCACUGAAAUGCAGUAAGACAGUAUUAUUAGGUGCUUCUAGCUUACUAGAUAUAUUGUGCAUUUCCAAAAUGAGAAACUGAGCAAUUCACAUGAGAAUCAGAAGUUGAGAUGUGUCUGUUAGCAUGAAAAUGUAUGGCUGGGCCAUAUAAGAAUAUAGUGUCUAUACACUAUGUAUGACAUGACCAUUGUAAGCACAAAAUAAACUGUUUUGCAUAGGGUUCACCAGAAUGAUUUUUAUAAUGCACAGCUCUGUGUGGAUAAAGAGAUGCCCUCCGAGCUAUUGUGGUCCCAUCCUGAAUCCAUCCAUACAGAGAAUGUCAGAGAUGAGACUCUGCCACAUGAAUUAAAUAACUUCUUCCUUUGUUUCACUUUGUAUCACUGGGGCAGGCACUGCAAAUCUCCACUCAGUCUUGCUAAACAUUUUAAAUGUGUCAAAGUGAAUAUAACUAAAG